UUGAGACCUAGGACUAUAGUGGUCACAACGUUACAGACAAGUCACUGACUAAUGACUACUGUUUAGUGCUUACUACUUACUAGUUACUACUUAGUACUUAGUAGCAUUUACUAUUAAGCAGUUAGCUGUAGAUGUAGUUUUAACUUGUGAGUUUAAAUGUUUUAAUUAUAAACCACCGGAAGCGUUUUUUCAUCUAGUAUCGAAUAUCGUAGUUUUCGAAAAUUAAACGUCUUAAUUAUUCAUAUUCUUGAUUUCUAAUCGUUUCGUUUGUAAUGGUAUAAUAAUAGUGUGACCUGUUUUAUUUUGAAUCGUUUCAGUAAACGCAACUUAAAAAUUAUUAGACAAUUCAGCAACUCUUUGAAUACUCCUUUUACUCAAAAGUAUUGGGUGAAUACAGAAUUCAAAUUGUCAAAUAGUAUCAUAAUCAUAAUAUCAAAUUGCUUGAUCAAUGGCGGACUCAAGAUGCUGUUUCGGAUGUUCAAACGUGCGCAAAGGCGCAUGGGUGAUAUCAGUUUUUGACAUGUUAAUUUGUAUAAUACUCACAGUACGAGCUAUUGCUACACUAAGCAUCGCACCAUAUUCUUCGUAUACAUACAAAGUAAAAUUGAAUUCUCCAUUUGAUGAUGCGCCAUCUCUCUCCAGUGACAGCCGUCUUCAACUAUUGGAAAAAGAUUUCAAUCUAUUUAGUCAGCUAUUUAUCAUUUUUUUAUUUUUUUAUGUGAACUUAAAUCUAAAGAAAGCAACUUUCAUACGUAACACUCAAAGUAUCAAUCAGUGGUUGGUAAUAAACUUAAUAUUUUUUGUAUUCUUUACUCUCUUUAUUGGUUUUACUACAGUCAAAAAUGCAUCACAAGUUAUAUUUCCUAUUGGAAUUCCUGUAAGCAUUGUUGUAGUGUACCAGAUUUAUGUGGUGAAAUGUUUUUAUGAUGACGAACUUAAUGCUAUAACUCCACCUACAUUGCAUACCACACCAUAUGUGACCAUUACCAGCCAGUCCUUGCAGACUCCAGUCUAUCCUGUGCAAGCUGGACCUUACGUUAUUCAACAAGUGCAUCAGCCUAUUACACAAACUCCUUAUCCUCAACCAACAUACCAGUAUCAACCACAACAGCAAACUUCUCAGUCUCAUGUGGCUAUGCCUGUGCCAAGUCAACAAAACCUCCAGGAGUAUUGUAACCCACCACCAUAUUCGCCAAGUUAUAAUACACAAGAAGGCUCUUCAGUGAAACAAUAAUUAUAUAUUAACAUUUUUCAAUUCAUUAUGUUAUACAAUUAAAACUUUUCUUUUUA